CUGCGUUGAAUCUUCACAAAUCACAGCAGACCUGCUUUUCAUACACGACUACUAUAUCGAUGAGUUGAAAGAGCAUGAACCUUGUGCCAACCCUCUUUGAUUUCAUUCGAGCCUUGAAUCGCGAGCGACUACUUAACCCGACACUCUCCCCGCUAUGAUAACAGCGGGGCAUUGACUUUGCUUCUACCCAAGAGCUACACCGAACCCUGCGAGAUCAUAUCAAUCGACGACGUGUUCGCACUCGAUCCUUAAUUCGCACCUUGAAACGAACGACAACUUAUAUAUUGAAACAAUCUAGCAGCCGAUAAGCAAGCCGGAAGCGUCCUCACCAUGGACGACAAUAUUUCCACCUUUAUGGCCAUUACUGGCGCUAGCACCGAUGUUGCCCGCAGCUUCCUUGAGAUGACUGCUGGUAACUUUGAGCGUGCCAUCGAACUGUUUUACGAAAACCCAGACCUGGUUUCUGGUGUAGGAGCUGGCCUUUCUUCAACAAAUCAGCCAGCUGGGCCCGCUGCACAACCGGCAAGAAGCAACGUUGGUAGACAAGAUUCGGCGGGUGUAAUUCACAUCGAUAGCGACGACGACCAAGAUAUGCAACUCGAUGAUUUUAGUGACAACGAAGACAACGGUCGAGCGGUUGCAGCACAAGCGGCUGCUCUGGCGCAAGAAGAGGAAGAUGCGGCCAUGGCUAAGCGUCUCCAAGAAGAACUAUACCAAGGGCCUGGAUCAGGAGGAAACCCGGAUGAUGUGCGAGCGCCUAUUGCACGAACUACCGAGACACUGGUGGCACCUGGUUGGGGUGGUGGCGAGCAUGACGAUGGGAUGGAAGCAGCCUUCCUCGAGGAGCUGAGACAACGGCGGCGGCAGAACCCACCCAAUCGUGCGGGAGGACCAUUCUCUCAGCAAAUAUGGGCCGACCCUGAACGACGCUCCGCCCCAUCGACGUCGAACGAAAACGGUGCUCAUGCGAGACGAUUGGAAGAUCUGUUCCGCCCGCCUUAUGAUUUGAUGGCUCGAAUGGGAUGGGAUGACGCGCGUACGCUAGGCAAGGAGGACAAGAAGUGGAUCAUGGUUAACCUCCAGGAUAUGAACGACUUUAACUGCCAGGCCCUGAACCGCGACAUUUGGAAGGAUAGGGCCGUGAAGGAAAUUGUGGGAGAAAAUUUCAUCUUCCUUCAGUAUGAUAAAGACUUUCCUGACGCACAGGAAUUUCUCACAUUCUACUUCCCAAAUGAAUCGCACCAGAACCCCGACAACUACCCUCACGUCUCCAUUAUCGACCCGCGAACUGGUGAGCAGGUCAAGAUGUGGACCGGCAGACCUUUUCCCUCUGCUGAGGACUUCCAUGCCGAACUUGCCGAGUUCCUCGAUCGCUACAGCCUCGCAGCCAACAGCAAGAACCCAGUGGCCAAAGCCACGGCUCGCAAACCACAAAAAGUCGACGUCGAGCGUAUGACCGAGGAUGAGAUGCUAGAGAUGGCCCUGAAGAACAGUUUAGAGGGUGCUUCUGGGAGCGGAGGCUCUUCAACGCCUAACCUCCAUGAUCCUGAUGCCCUGACAAAGUCUCCUGCACCGGAGGAGAUGGGCAAAGGCAAGGAACCCGAGGCCCCGGUUGAGCAGAGUCCUUGGGCAAAGAUCUCUGGUACCAACCCACACACGGAGCCAGAGGCCAACCCAGCAACCACAACACGAAUCCAGUUCCGACACCCUACUGGUCGCGUCAUUCGUCGAUUCAACUUGGAUGACCAAGUGCGAAGAAUUUACGAAUGGCUCAAGGCAGAACCUCUGGAAGGCAAAGAGGGCAUUGAAUUUGAACUCAAGAAGAUGCCAGCUGGACAGGACCUCAUGGAGAGUUUGGAUGCGACUAUUGCAGACACAGGUCUGAAGCAGGGCACAGUCAUGAUUGAGUUUAUUGAGGACUGAGCAGCGACGAUUGACACGACGGACGAGUUUGUCUUUAUGCGGACUAUAGCAGGCAUUUGUAGAUAGAUAGUUAUUGGAGCCAUCAGAGCGUAUCGCACUGGCUACGGCCAGUGGAUAUGCAGGUAUGAAUUAUUGAGAGGCAUCAAGACAGGAUUGCAGUCUAUCAUGGACAAGAGGGAGGACACUAUCUUUAGACGUCUCAACCAGGCCCACAACCAAGAUGAGAAAUGAUACAUGAUUUGAGAUAUCCAAUCAGUGGA